CAAGGUUCCGGGAACUGAUGGGUUUCAGGCUUUCUCUUAAGAUUUCCGCUAGUCUCGGGUCGGUGGAAACAGAUCCUGGGUCACGCUCUCAGAGCUCUCAAGUAGAAGAGGAGGCCUAGGAAAGGUCCCACAGCAGAAGCGCACGGGAGAGGGCCUAGAAUCGUAAGAGGAAAAUUAAUGGAAAUGAGAAACCUAAUUUGAGUAAACAACGCUAGACACCUUCAGGUCCCUGCUGCUUGGUCGCGUCUCUUUCAGGGCUCCGGGUUUUCUCGUUUGUUCUGUGAGGUCUUAACCUGAGUGAUCUCAAGGCCAGUCCUGACACUGUAAAUUCUGUAUAAAGUUUUCGGCGGACACAUCUUUGUUUGUAUGUGGUGCUGAGGAUCGAACCUGGGCCACACGCAUGCCAGGCGAGCGCUCUACCGCUUGAGCCACAUCCCUAGCCCAGAAGAAAAAUGGAGGAAAAUAUGAAGCUUGUUACACUGGAAGACACUGUGGAGUACCACUUGUUCCUGAUACCAGAUGAAUCAAGGGACCCAGAGAAACAAAAAGAAAUUCUUCAGAAGUAUAUUGAGAGAAUAAUGUCCCUGUUUGCACCUAUCCUAGUCCCUUAUAUCUGGCAGAAUCAGCCUUUUAAUCUCAAAUAUAAACCUGGGAAAGGAAGUGUUCCUGCUCAUUUGUAUGGCGUGACAAAGUUUGGGGAUAAUAUUGAGGAUGAAUGGUUCAUCGUUUAUGUAAUAAGGGAAAUUACAAAGGAGUUUCCAGAGUUAAUAGCAAGGAUUGAAGACAAUGAUGGUCAAUUCUUGUUAAUAGAAGCUGCCGACUUCCUCCCUAAAUGGUUGGAUCCUGAUAAUAGUGUCAAUAGGGUCUUUUUCCACCAGGGUGAGUUGUGUAUUAUUCCUGCACCAAGAAAACCUGAAGCUGAAUCCUGGUUACCCACUACAUCCCCAACAAUCCCACAAGCAUUGACUAUAAUCUCGGCACACCCAGAAAAAGUUCUAGCUUCAGAAUUAGUACGAGCUUCUGUUAACAGGCGUAUCAAAGGGUACCCAGAAAAAAUUCAAGCUUCCCUUCAUCGAGCACACUGCUUCCUUCCAGCUGGCAUUGUAGCAGUACUAAAGCAGCAGCCCAGAUUAGUGGCUGCUGCAGUUCAGGCAUUUUAUUUGCGAGACCCCAUUGACCUACGAGCCUGUCGUAUUUUUAAGACAUUCUUGCCUGAAACACGAAUAAUGACAUUGGUCACUUUCACUAAAUGUCUGUAUGCACAGCUAGUACAACAGAGAUUUGUGCCAGAUCGACGGAGUGGAUAUGAGCUUCCUCCUCCAUCUCAUCCUCAGUACCGAGCCCAUGAAUUGGGCAUGAAAUUGGCUCAUGGAUUUGAGAUCUUAUGUUCCAAAUGUAGCCCACAUUUUUCUGACUCCAAGAAAUCCCUUGUGACUAACUCACCACUUUGGGCCAGUUUCCUUGAAAGCCUGAAAAAGAAUGAUUACUUUAAGGGACUAAUAGAAGGUUCUGCUCAGUACCAAGAAAGGCUAGAAAUGGCAAAGAACUACUUCCAACUCUCAGUAAACCGUCCUGAAAGUUCUCUUGCUAUGAGUCCAGGUGAAGAAAUCUUAACCAUGUUACAGACAAUACCAUUUGAUAUAGAAGAGCUUAAGAAAGAAGAAACUAAUCUUCACCCAGAGGAUGAUGACCGGUGGUUAGAUCUCUCACCAGAUCAGCUGGAGCAGCUACUUCAAGAAGCUGCUGGCAAAAAAGAAUCACAGCCCAUUUCCAAGAAGGAGGAGCAGGACUAUGAUUUAACUCAAGUCUCAGAGAGCAUGAAAGCUUUCAUAUCCAAAGUCUCAACCCACAAGGGAGCAGAGCUACCUCAAGAACCUUCUGAGGCACCAAUCACUUUUGAUGCAGAUUCCUUUCUUAAUUAUUUCGAUAAAAUUUUAGGGCCAAGACCUCAUGAAUCAGAUUCUGAUGAUCUAGAUGAGGAAGACUUUGAAUGUUUAGACAGUGAUGAUGACGUAGACCUAGAAACACAAGAAGCUGGUGAAGAGGUAUCUCUGAAAGGAACUUUUGAUGAUCUUAAGUCAUACAUGGCCCAGAUGGACCAGGAACUGGCACAUACCAACAUUGGCAAAAGUUUUACUACCCGGAAACAGCUGUUUUUAUGCCAGCACUGUCGAGUCUUAAGAGACUUUAUGGAAAGAGCGUGGACCCUGGAGUUUCAUGGAUCAGAGAAUAAGGAACCUCCAUCCCAGACUGCCAGUAACAAUUCAGAUGAGGAAGAUUCUGGUGCAGGAGAUUCUGUUAUGGAACCAGUGGAUAUAGACCUGAACCUGGUUUCAAAUAUUUUGGAAUCCUACAGCUCCCAAGCUGGACUGGCAGGACCUGCCUCCAACCUCUUACAGAGCAUGGGAGUACAGCUGCCUGACAACAGUGAUCACCGAGCCACAAGCAAGCCAGGCCAAGAUUAACCUGCAUAUUUAGCUUUUCUUUUCUCUCUUUAAAUAAUUAAUGAGUCUUGAGUGUGUUCAUUUCUAGUUUUAAUUAUUCAUUCAAUAAAAAUGGUUUUUCGUUACAAAUUUCAUGGGCUGUCUUCUCCUGAACCCCAAAUAUUGCCUUUUCUGGAUUGAUAAUUUCUAUUAUAUCUAGAAAUAUCUUUUUAAAUUUAUUUAAAUGUUUUUCUGUUACAUUCUUUCCUGUCGUUCUGGACCUCUAAUUAGGAAUAUGUGUUUGUUAUUUUUAGUUGAUUCAGAAAUUAUAAUAUUCUUCAAGUUUGCAUUAUUGUUAAUAAAUUUGAGUUAUUGACACCUUC